AUGGAAGAAUCAAUUGGUCCUACCUGCACAGGAUGCUCAAACAUGAUCGAAGAAGGCUCGGUCAUUGCAUUUGGAGACUCUCUGUUCCAUUUGGACUGUUUCAUAUGUGCAAAAUGCCAAACCUCGGUCGACUACAACUCCAAUCUCCUCCUCCUCACAGACGGCCGUCCUGUGUGCGAAAACUGUGCCUAUAACUGUUCAGCCUGUAAAGAAACUAUUCGCGAUGAAGCCGUAAUGACUGGCGAAGAAGCAUACCACGCAGAUUGUUUCAAGUGCAUCAACUGUCGUAAAAAGAUCGACGAUUUGGUAUACACUCAAACAAGCAAGGGUAUAUAUUGUACACCUUGUCAUGAGAAAAGAAGAGCAGAAAAAUUACGGCGUCGAGAAGAAAGGGAGAAACAAAAGAAUCAGAGCAGGCAGUUAUCUCAGGAUACCCAGUCAUCUCUUCACGGCUCUCAUCCAACACAGCGACAACCACGUUUUGGAGGCCUUUCUCCCUCCAAUCUACCCAAUCGACAUGCGAGCCGUAUUUUUGACCCUCAGACAGUAGCCGAUAGCAUGCAAACCCAGCAACGCAUGCGAGUCCCUCUUGAAGCCCGCAUGCGGAACGAUCAGGACCAUCGAGUACGCCAAGAUAGUCUUCUAACACCCGAAAGAUCUCCCCCAACCCCCGCUCGCUCUCGAAGUAGUUCUGUUGACAUAAUCACCAAGACACGACUCAAUAACCUUCUCGGCCCUAACCACCCUUCCUCACACAAUGCAGCACCAACACCCACACCGUCUCGGUCAGAUGUGAUUUCAGGCAGCAAGACACAUCCUCCUCCUUCAAAAAGCCUGCUACCAAUCUCAAAUACUCGUCAAAGAUUUUCAUCUAUGCCUGCCCCUCUCCAAAUAAGCCCAAUGGAGAAGAGCAAGAGUGUUCCAGACACCAUAUAUCGUAUGAAUGCCGAGUCAACUACAGAAGUCCAACUCAUGCCUGCCUCACCUCUCGAGUUUUCUUUACCAGAAAUAUCUUCCCUCAACCUGUCCUUCUUUGACGACGAUUCAUCAGACCUACUCAACUUGACCAAAACACUCGGCGCUAGUUUCUCUUUUUCAAAGGAUAACAACGACUUGGGAUUCAAGUCAACACUGGACUCAAGGAGUUCAGUUAACAUCAACAAAGCUUCCGAACUCUUGCGUACCUCUUUAAAUCUCUCAACCUAUGACAAGGUUCCUACUUCUCCUCUGCCAAGAAUAAGUUCCGAAGAUUUUGAUGAAAGUGUAUCUACUGACAGAGCUUAUGUACUUAAGCUCCAGUCAGAUUUGAAAUCUUCCAACUCCAAACUAACGGUCAUGGAAACCAAUUUCAAUCGAAUCAAGGAUGCUAGCAAAUCUGCGUUGGAAGAAUUCACCCGUGCCAAGGAAGAAUUCGCAAAAGAAACAACCCUUCGACAGCAAUACGAGAAUACAGCAUCCCAGUUACAACAGCAAUUAGUGAUCAUUCAACAAGCUCAAUCGUUAAAUCGGGAUCAGUUUGUUGGAGUUGUAAAAGAGGAUAUCGAACGAAUUGUGCGUGUUCGCAUUGAACUAGAUAAGAGCUGUAAUGAACUCAAGGAAUGUCGCACCACACUCUCAAACGAUAUUGAGGAGCUACUGCUAAAAGCACAAGCCCCUACGCCUAUGGCAUCCGAAAAGGCAACUAUGUAUUUGAAUGAACAGCAAAAAGCACUUCUUGCAGAGAUUAGAUCUUUAAACCAUGAAAGAGAUGCAUUGAAGAACGAGACACGAACAUUAAGCAAAGCCCGCGACGACGUUAUACACGAAAUGGUAAUGCUCAAUACCAAAAACGCUGAGCUGAGUACGAUGAACAACGAUUUGUCCAGAAGGAUGACAGAAAGAGAGAGAGAGGCAGCAGCCAUAAUGGCUGGCACUUCGUUUCUUCAUUCACCUUCACCAAGUCGGUCUACAGAGUUACAUUCUCCUGUUCCUAUGCAGCGCAAAUAUUCAGAUACUACUGUUGAACGUAAAGUAGCUGCUCGCGAUAGUUUCAAUGGAACGCAGGCACCAAAGAUGUUCAAGAUAAAGAAGAAGAACGGUGGAACAAUUUUUGGAAAACGCGGCGGAAAGAACAAUAAGACAGAUCCUGCAGUAACCAUCUAUGGUGAAGCACGCAGUGGAGUGAAUACCGUCUCUAAUCCGAAUGGAAAUCAGUACGUUUCUAAUCGUAAUGAUGGACGAACAGGAGCAAAGAUUCAAACCUCACAACUGCCAACAACCCAGCAUCCGCUUCUUCAAAGCUUACAGCAAGAUGGACACGCAUUUCAGCCGACCUCGUUCCUGAGACCUACUAAAUGUGAUGCUUGUGGAGAGAAAAUGUGGGGGCUUUCUGAGCUUCGUUGCCAAUGCUGUGGGUAUAUUACUCAUGCAAAAUGCUUGAGCCAUGUUCCUCAACUAUGCCAUGCCAGUACAACCAGCACUCUCGACCUUUUUGGUGCAUCUGAACUAGAUCUUCGUCAACCUGUAAGUAUGUUUGGAAACAGCUUAAUUGCGCAGGUAGAUCAAGAGGAGCGACCAGUACCCAUACUUGUAGAAACAUGUAUCACUGCCGUUGAGGCCCGAGGCAUGGACUAUGAAGGGAUUUACAGAAAAUCGGGAGGAGCAGCUCAAAUACGAGCGAUUCAACUGGCGUUUGAUCAAGGAAAAACUGUAAACCUAGAAGACGAUGAGGAAUUCAAUGAUAUAUGUGCUGUUACAAGUGUACUAAAACACUAUUUCCGCGAGCUUCCUGAUCCUCUGCUGACAUAUGAGCUCUAUCCAAAGUUCAUUGAUGCUGUUUCUAUGAAUUUUGGUCUUGCAAAAAUAGACAAGUUCUUUGAAUUACUUUCUCAACUUCCAGCAGCGAACUACGAAACACUCAAGAUUCUGUGCCGACAUUUGCAUCGUGUCCAAGAGCGAAACUCUGAGAACCUGAUGACUACAAAGAAUCUGGCGAUGGUGUUUGGACCGACUCUGAUGCAAGACAGAGAUGCGUCUAGGGAUUUACUUGACAUGAAUUACAAAAAUGCGACAAUUGAGUUUAUAAUCAACCAAGCGUCAGAAGUGUUCUCAUAAAACAGUGCCAAAAACACAAACAACAAAAAACAACAACUGUAGGUUAUAUCCUAUACCCCUUUCCUUAUCACCUCUCGUUAUUUUGCAGCUUUACAUCAUUAUAGUUCUGCAUGUGUAUUAUUAUUGCUUCUUCGCUUACACCUACACGCUUUAAGUCUUUCAAAACUCUCUUUUGCUCUCUUUAUAUCUCUAUUUUCCGUAGUCAAUCAUUAUUACUGUUGUAACUCUAUAAUAUUCCCAUCAUCAGAACAACGACUCCAAAUAUACACACUAUGUAUACACUAUAUUUUGCUCUAAUUAAUUAAAUUAUACUACCCACUUU